AUGAGGAGGGUGAGCAAGGCACGGGUUGUUGCCCAACUCGUGCUCGCGACUGCUGGCGCGUUGGCCGCACAACGAGGAUAUCCCCGAGAUACCCCUCCCUCGCUUAGAUUGGAGAUCGACCGUGAACUUUCAGCAUCUGCGAAUCAAGCAGAGGUCAUUCAGGGUAGACAAGACACCGACCAGGUACGGCAUCCGAUGUCGCCCAGCCCGCCUUACAGUAGGUUGGACAUCAGCGGUGACUUGUCAGCAGCUUUCAACGGCAAAGGAAGGCAGAGUAGAGAGCGAUGGAAUACUACUAUUUUAUCUUUAGCCGUGUAUUGGGCGACUGUGAACAUUCGCUUAAACGGACAACGAAAGCAUUCAAACUGUUAUUCGCGCUUUUCUGGGCCGCUCGUUUCCAAGGCGCACGAUUACAGUUCCAAUGAAAGAGCCGCGCACACAGCCUCUGGUGAAGGACUAUACAAGGCGACGGCGGGAAUACCGGCGUCCUUCACGAUCCAGCUGGUCGAAGACAAUCUUGACGGGAGCGGCGGGAGCUCCCGGCCUGGUUGGGAACCGAACAGCAGCAACAGAUUCAUUUACGUGUGGAUUUCCAAUGAGGAUCAGAACGACAAUAUUCCAGCGUGGCACUCGCAAAAGGGUCUUCGCUGUCAUUUGGGAACGCCGCUUCUGCGCUGUAUGACAUCGCAGAUCUUGAUCGCGGAGGUAGUUGGCGACGGCAACACUGGCACUCUCACUGCAACGUACAAGAGCGAUUUCCCCGGGGACUACCUGGUGUACGUCGAGGAAGUCCAACCGUCCGAACAGGGUGAGGGUCUUCCUAUCGUGGGAAGCCCCUUCUCUCUCACGAUUGGAGGCGAUUUUCCAACGCUGGACGUAAACUCUUUACAUGUUUGUGGAUCCCAAGACGAUCGCAGCAACGAUAUCGCGGAUACAUUUUGGAGGCCCGGGACAUGGCUAUCAUCGAACGUGGCCAGUGCUGCGCACGGAGUGAUGAGAAAUGGCUGGGUGUUUCAGCCCAAAUCUUGUGUUUUCGACACAUUCUCUUAUCAAGAUCUCAUGCUCCUGGCCAGCCUCGACGGCGAGCCGACGUGGCUUGUGGUCCUGGGUGGAUCGGUCCAAAGAGGCGUGUUUCUUACGCUUGUGGACAUGGCGUUAGCGGCAGGACAAAAGGACGAGAUGGCGACAAGUACCCUUGGGAAGUGCUGGGGAUACGCCGACCUCCGGGUUGGGAACCUCCGCCUGACGUACCAGGACAUGCGGCUGUAUAGGUUCGUCACCAUGACCGGGAAGGAAGCUGCACAAACGGAGAGUGUUUGUGACGUCUACUGGUACGAACGGAAUCCAACAAUGGCCGCUCUCGAAGACGUCAGCAUAGCGUUCACCGGUGGACGGGCUUCCAGGCGACCGCCAUUCGACGGUAGUGCACUUUCGAAGAUGGACGGGUACCAAGCCCGAGACUCCCGCGUAUCGUUUAUGAGCGCAUUCCCUAUGUACCAGGCGAAAUUCUUCGAGAACGAAGGAUCGAAACAAGGCACUCGACGAUACGGAGGAAAUAUUCACUAUCACUACAUUUCCUCCGCAGCGUCCAACCCCGAAGCGCACAACGGGUCCAUCAUGGUUCAUUCCACGAUGACAGAGAUGCUGGCUAACGUCAUGAUCGGCCGGGCCGUGGAAACAAAGGCGGCACUUUAUGCAAAGGCUGCAGCAUCGACGGACACGAAUAGACAAGAGAGGGCUGAUGUCGGGAAAUCGUUCCAGGUGUGCUCGGACUGCCCUCGAGAUCUGAUGCCUUUCCACGUCAAACCAAUCCCUGAACCUAUUUGCGAGACCGCCGAGUCCCUGCGUGGCGAGGCAGAAAUCGGCGAGGUGUGGAAUGGAGAGCUGUGCCCCGAUUGGUGCAUGAAGCAGGCGCCCGUCUCUCAGUUAGGGACUCAGUCAGGUCCCGUCGACGUCCGGGAGUGUAGCCUCAAGACUGACCAGCCGUGAUGAGAUACUAUGUGUGCCUCUAUGC